CCAAAUCAUGACGCCAUUCAUCAUAUAAAGAAGAAUCAGCAAAGCAAAACUCAAAAGAGUCACAACAACAACAACAACAACAAAAAACAUUUGUGACUCAGAAUUUACAUAAUACAUAGUCUUUUGAGUCACUGGUGGGUGAAAUGGCGGGAAUCGUGACAGAGCCGUGGUCAUCGGCAGAGAACGGGAACGCGAGCAUGACAGCGAAAGGAUCGAGCAGAGAACUGAGACAUGGAAGAACAGCUCACAACAUGUCUUCUUCUUCUCUAAGGAAGAAAUCAGACCUCCGAGUCAUUCAGAAGGUUCCAUACAAAGGUCUCAAAGAUUUUCUCACUAAUCUCCAAGAAGUCAUUCUCGGCACAAAGCUUGCCAUUCUUUUUCCGGCCAUUCCUGCCGCCAUUAUCUGCACCUAUUGUGGCGUCAGUCAGCCGUGGAUAUUUGGACUGAGCAUGCUAGGACUGACACCUUUGGCUGAGCGAGUCAGCUUUCUGACAGAGCAACUCGCUUUCUACACCGGUCCUACAUUGGGUGGUCUAUUAAACGCAACGUGUGGAAACGCGACUGAGCUUAUAAUCGCGAUUCUGGCAUUGACCAAUAAUAAGGUCGCAGUUGUGAAAUAUUCGCUACUAGGUUCGAUUUUGUCGAAUCUUCUAUUGGUUCUCGGGACUUCACUUUUCUGCGGCGGAAUCGCUAAUCUGCGGAGGGAGCAACGGUUCGACCGGAAACAAGCCGAUGUGAACUUCUUCUUACUCCUACUGGGUUUGUUGUGUCACUUGCUCCCAUUGUUGUACACAUACGUGGCAACGGAAGAUACUCCGGCUGCUGUUAUAUCCGACAUGUCACUGGUUCUAUCGCGAUCAAGCAGUAUUAUUAUGUUGAUCAGUUACAUAGCAUAUCUCGUUUUCCAGCUUUGGACUCACCGCCAAUUGUUCGACGCACAAGAUCAGGAAGAUGAGUAUGAUGACGAUGUUGAAGAAGAAACCGCGGUGAUUAGUUUCUGGAGCGGUUUUGUAUGGUUGGUUGGGAUGACACUAGUCAUCGCAUUGCUAUCCGAGUAUGUUGUUGCCAACCGCAUCGGAAACAUGGAACCUAUCAGUAAGUUUCAUAAGCAUCAUAUUGCUUCCCAUUGUUGGAAAUGCGGCUGAACACGCUGGAGCCAUCAUUUUCGCUUUUAAGAACAAGCUCGACAUAUCACUGGGAGUUGCAUUAGGAUCUGCGACACAGAUUGGCUUAUUCGUCGUCCCCUUGACCAUUAUCGUGUCGUGGAUUAUAGGAAUUAACAUGGAUCUCAACUUCAAUCUACUCGAAACCGGUUCUCUUGCUCUUUCCAUCAUCAUCACAGCCUUCACAUUACAGGACGGGACUUCACACUACAUGAAGGGACUGGUCCUAUUGCUUUGCUAUUUCAUUAUUGCCAUAUGUUUCUUCGUCGACAAACUUCCUCAGAAACAACCAAAUGGUUUAAACAUGGGACUUCAACAAAUGAACAAUGUUGUCACUGCAACAGGGGGAGGAGUUUUUUCAUCUUAAAUGAAGACAAGUACCAAUGUUUUUGAAAACAAAAUUUCCAAAAACCAGAGACAAUGGAGAAUCGAAAACAAACAAAAAAAAAACCCCAAAUUUUCUUGAUUCAUUUUAUAAAUAUGAAAGAUUUGUCAGAGAGAUUCCUGAGAUUCAGUGUUUAUUAUUUCAUGUUUUUCGAUUUUGGGUGUCUUGAUGAAGAUGAGUCUUGUUGAUAAGUUUCUCAAAUUCCUCUUAUGGGUUUUGUCUAUGAAUGCCUUUUGUCUCUCUAUCUCUCUAUUCAUAUGUUAAUGUUUUUUUUU